UCAUUCCCAACCCAACAGCCAUCGAAGGUGUGUGGAAAAUGGAGGAAGGAGGACGUACUGAAACAAUGGGAGGAUGGACUCGCCUCUGGAUUCGGCAAGUGGAAGGUCAGGAGUUCAAGGUGGCAGAGGGGGCUUUACAAUGUGACACAGAUAAGAAGCAGCUAUUUAAAACAGACAUGAGAGGUGAACUUAUUGGGAGUGUGGAGGAAGAGCUCGGAUGGUCUCUUUUCCAUCAAGCGAUACACCAUGAUGCUCUUGGUCAUUAUCAGUCUUCUGCAGGAGGUUGUUGGACUCACAGGUGCAGAUCUCGACCCCUGCUCCGCCUACAUCAGCUUGAACGAACCCUGGAGGAACUCGGACUUCCACGUCAACCGGUCGUCCGGCGCGCCCCUGUGCGACAGCCACAUGUCCGGGGAGUGGUACCGCUUCACGGGCAUGGCCGGGGACGCCAUGCCUACCUUCUGCGUCUCCGAGAACCACUGCGGCACCCACGCCCCCAUUUGGCUCAACGGCAGCCACCCGCAGCUCGGCGAGGGGACCGUCACCCUCCCCGUCUGCGCCAGCUUCAACGACAACUGCUGCCAGUGGAACGCCAGCGUGGACGUGAAGGCCUGUCCCGGGGGAUACUUCGUCUACCGCCUGCCCAGGCCCUCCGUCUGCUUCCACGUCUACUGUGGCCAUUUCUACGAUAUCUGUGAUGAGGUGGACUGCACCGGUCCCAGCUGUCCAGAGCCCGAGUGCCGCUGUGCGCCUGGAACCGUCCUGGGACCCGACAAGCAGACCUGCCUGGAUGUAAAUGAAUGUGAAAAGGAGAACGGCGGCUGCGCAGAGGUUUGCAUGAACACCAAGGGUUCCAGGCGUUGCGAGUGCGGGCGCGGCCGCGUGCUGGAUGAGGGUGGACGCAACUGCAGAGAGAUUACAGACUGUCAGGUCAACAAUGGCGGAUGCAGCCACGACUGCUCUCAGACGCAGGACUCCUUUCAGUGCAGCUGUCCCCGGGGGCUGGAGCUGGGAGAAGAUAAAAGAACAUGCCAGGUUCCAGUCCUGUGUGACCCCAGCUCCAUUACCGUGUCAGUUCCCAAAGACCUUGUUGAAGGACUGGAGCUUUCUCUGUCCAACUCGUCUUGCCGAGGAAUCUCCAAUGGCACACACAUCAACUUGAGUUUCAGCCUCAAGACCUGUGGCACGGUGGUGGAGGUGACAGAAAAUAAGAUAGUUGGGACCAACCUGGUGACGGGCCUCCCCAGGAGCAGCCCCGGCAGCAGCACGGACUUCAUAGUACGGACCAGCAAGCUGUUGCUCCCGGUGACGUGUCAGUUCCCCAGGGAGUACCAGGUGUCUGACGGGUACCAGGCCAUUCUGCGUGGCUCGGCCCUGGAGCUGGAAAGCCACAGCGAGGGGGUCUUUGGGUUCAACUUGGAGCUGUUCAAAAGCGCCGCGUUCUCAGAGCCCUACCGCAGCCCGCCUCAGCUCCACCUGCACGACUCCCUGUUCUUUGGGGUGGAGCCGAAGGAGAGAGUGGAGGGCCUCUCCGUCCUGGUGGAGAGCUGUUUCGCUACCCCGGGGCCCAAAGCUGACCAGGCCCUGAAGUAUUACCUCAUCAAAGAUGGAUGCAUCUCAGAUGAAACUGUGACACAGUAUUCAUCAAAGGACCAGCUCUCCAAGCAUUACCAGGUCCCUGUCUUCAAGUUCAUUGGCAAGGACAACCGGCAAGUGUUCCUCCACUGCCGGGUGUUGGUAUGUGGAGCAGAAGACACCCGCUGCGCCCAGAGCUGUCGUGGACGUGUACGGCGGGAAAUAUGGACUGGGGACGAUCAGGAAAAGCAAACACUGAACACGGGCCCUAUCUAUAUCCUGCCUUAGAGGGGAAUCAAAAAAAAAAAAAAAAACAUCAGUAGAACCCACUGCUAACGGCACAUAAAUUACUCAUGCAAAUGAGGUGACCUUUCAGUUUAUUUGGCAGGUAAAACACCCAAUACAUGCAGACAUACAGUCCAUUGCACUGUCCCUUUAAAGUCCUACACACAUAAAUACACAUAUACACACAGAAUACACAUAUUUAUCCUAGUAUCAGUGUCUCACAGCUAUACUAUGGACAUUAUAAUGAUUGACAUUCCCAUUACAAACCUG